UCCUCCCUAUCAUUUGCACUCUCUCGCUCUUACCUAAGGCUAAAACUAAAAGCCCUUCCCAAGAGCUGCUUUCGCUGCCUUCCCUCCCCCUACGCCAAAACCCUUACCUUUUCCACCACCAAACCCCGGUGGUGCUCUCCUCUUCUCCUCCUUUUUAGCCAAAAACCCUUCCUCCGAUCGAAUCCAAUGGCGGAUUGCGCGGCCUCUGACGUGUCGGAAGGCCCAGUCCUCAGCCUUCUUAACAAGCGCCUCCGAGCCCUGCGCAAGAAACAAAACCGUAUCCUCCAGAUGGAGGAAGCCAUCUCCCAAGGCAAGCCCAUCAACAAGGAGCAAGAGGAAGUCCUCCGCUCCAAACCCGCCGUCUCCAGCCUCAUCGACGAACUCGAGAAGCUCCGACAGCCCCUCUCUCAAGCCGUCUCCGAGGAGCUCAGCCUUGCCGCCCAGCGCCAACAACUCUCCUCCGAUUCCGCCCCCGCCUCCACCGUCGAUCCCGAAAACUCCAACGACGACGACGACCACCACCACCAGCGCAAAAAUGACGAGCCCGGCCUCAGAAUCGUUGAGGAUCUCCUCCAUCUGCUUUACUUCGGGUCCCUGUUCGACGUGAAGUCGCAGAGCGAUUUCACUGCGACUAUUCUGACGCGGACGCACGAGCGAGGGUGUUGCUUGACCUAUGAUUACGUCACCGACGAUGCUACCGAUCUGCUGGGCGAGAGGGACUUGAAUUCUUUAUCGGCGUUGGGCGGCUUGUUGAUAUCGCGCCCGGUCGAUUCGGGCUUGUCGCACAAGAAUGCCUUGCAGCGCUGCAUCGAGCACGCAAAGCUCUGGCUCGCCAACUCCGACCAGCCCAUCGAGCCCAAUUCCAAUCUUACUUAUUCGGAUUUGAGAGAGAGGCUGAACAAGAUUAUGGCUUCGGACUAUUUCACCACCACGCCAGAGAUGAAAGAUCCGGUGGAAGUUGCUGCGGCAGCUGCUGCUGGAAAUUAUGCUUCUUUCCAGGUACCGAUCUCAGCGCCCACCCAAGUGGAAGGCUCAGUCGCAGAAUUCCAGCAUUCGGACCAAAACUCGGAAAAUUUUCAAGGACAUGAGACUGGCGAUGAUGAAUCUAGUCCUGUGGAUGAACUACAAAAGGAUGAAGAGAGAGAAAAUGCAGCAGAGAUUGUCUCGGUUCAACAAGAACAAACCGAAUCACUGGCAGAACUGGAGCAUAGUGAGAUAGAUCCACAAUCAAAGGCGCAACAAUACAUUCCCAGAAGAAUGUAUCAGAAUCAAAGAGGUGGUCGUGGUGGUAGUAGUGGGGGUGGCCGCCGGGGUUAUUCCAACGGCCGUGGAGGUCGAGGCAGUGGCAGGGGAAGUGGUACCUAUGUGAAUGGUCGCAACCAAUAUUAUGAGCAGCCUGGUAAUUAUUAUCCUAGGAAUAUUUAUAACAAUAGGGGAAGGGGUGGAAGGGGUGGUGGGCAGUAUUAUAACAACCAUGGCUCAGCAGUUCCGGGUGGGCAUUCCCCAGCUGAUGUUGGGGUGCGUUCAUGACAUUACUCACCAGGUGUUCGUAUGGUGUUUGGUACUGUCUUGAUGGGUGGGUGGCGAUUUUUUUUUUUUUUUUUUUUUUUUUUGCUUUGUACAAAACAUAUUUUGAAUGUUGGUUGCAGUUGAUGAAUUUACCAUCCCGGACCACCCUUCUGUAUUUCGGUUAAUGAAAACUUCUCAUCAGAAACCUUUUGGGAGAAAA